AAAAAAAAAAAAAUUGAAUAAAUGUAACCUUAAAAAAAUAGUAAACACGUGCAUGAUAGAUGGCGAGUAUUCAAUGAGUUGCUAAUCAUAUACAAAAAUGGCUACUUAUUUUGGAGAGGUUGUAUUUCCAUCGUCUCGAGCAUUUUGGGAUGGAUACGAAGAAGAAGAAUCAAUUAAUGAAUUGCAAGAAGAAUCGCAUAUCAAUGUAACAUGGAUAAAGGAUAAACCAACAUCUAUCAAAAAAUUAAUUGUAAUAGAAGGAGAAAUUAUCAUUGAUUAUUUUAAAAAAUUCUUAAAAGAAGAAUCUGAGAAGAUAUGUGUUAUACAGAAUGAAAAUAAUAAAGAACUUGGUGCAAUUCAUCAUGUUAGCGUAGAUUUGUGUAUUUUUAAUAUAUCACCAAGUUUUGAUUUAAAAAAUGCAGGCGAAUUUGUAAUCAAGAUAAGUGAUAUCUUAUCAAUUUGUGAAUGCACAUAUUUAAUACAUUGGAGACAUAUAUCGCAUUAUAAAAGUGCAGUAAUACCACAUGAACAUUGUUUUAUACGAUGUUUAUAUAAAAAUAAUGAAAAUAAUCUUUGUAAAUCUAACAGACAAAUGUUAGAACAACCAAACAUCAUACACGGAGUUGCUGCAGGAAUUUUGUCUUAUGCACAAAUGAUGGAUUACCAUUCUAUUCUUUACGUAUUGUACUCAGACAAUUUUGUAUUUGAUUCUGAAGCAGCAAAACAACUCAUGGAAAUAUAUGAAGAAAUAAAUAAAGAAAAUUUAGAUAAAUUACCACAAGUUGAAAAGAAUUCUUUUUACAAAGGAAAUCUUUACAUGUAAAUGUAUCGAUUGUUUCAUCAACUUUACUUUUUUUUUCUUU